AUGUCUGCUUUCCUCUCAGAAUACAUCAAAUUUAUAGCACUUUACUUCAAGAGUAAGAAUGUCAUAGUCUUCAAUGGCCUCAUUGGUUUAGGAACAGUGGUUGGUCAGACAGCAUACAACAUCUUAGCUUUUAACUGUCCAUGUUCACUAAAGAAGAAUUACCUGUACGGCCUGGCUGCCAUUGGUGUACCAGCUCUGGCUUUCUUUGUCAUUGGGGUGAUGCUGAAUCAAAAUACCUGGGACGUUGUGUCAGAGUGUCGGACCAGAAGAUGCAGGAAUUAAUCAGUGACUGCUGCUUUUGUUCUGUUGGGCUCCAUUAUCGGUAGAGCAGUUGUUGCUCCUGUCACCUGGACUGUAAUUUCCCUCCUGAGAGGAGAGGCGUAUGUCUGUGCUUUCAGUGAGUUCAUGAACCCCUCAUCUCUGGGCGACUUCUUUUUAACUACACCUGGUCCAGAGAUCAUGGCCCAGUUUCCAUGUAAAGAUGUACCCGCUCUAUUUGUGAACUACUCAGGAGUGCUUGAACGCAAGUUACAGUAUGAAUCCCAGCUUUUGGGCUGGUUGCUGGUGGGAAUCAUCUCCGUCUUUGUCUUUCUGCUCCUCUGUCUGAAAAACUGCUGCUCUCCGCUUGGCUAUCAGCAGGAGGCGUACUGGACCCAGUACUGCUCCAGCGAACAAGCUCUUUUCCAGCGUACAGCUGAGGUACAUGCUAAAUACCAUGCGGCGGGAAAUGUCAAGAGUUUCUUUGGCUUUGUUGCCUUAGAAAAUCAUGAGAAGCAGCUUCUAGCAGACUGCAAGGGAAUCAAGAGAAUCAUUACCAGACUGCAGUGGAACCGCAUCACUGGGGUUUACAUGUACAGAGAGAUCGAUGACACUCCCAUCUUCAGCCGCUUAAACAAAUGGGCCACGUACACAACUGAACAUGACUGUUAAGGAAUUGAAAAAAAAUUGACAUUUUAUCCUUUGAGUCUGACAAAUUAGUCUAAUUAAUGAAUAAUACUACACACCCAAAAAUCAAUAUCUUUGGAAUCAAGAAACACCCAAGAAAUGUGUGCCACACUCAGGUCAUAAAGGGGAAAAAAUUCUGUUUAAUAUUCAUAUAGUAAAUGUUAUGUAUUUUUAAUAUCAAAGCUAGAAGCACAAAGAUAAAUGAUUAUAAUAAUAAUGUAAAAACUUAAAUGCAAACAAAGAAACUACUAUUAUAAUAUUUCUGGACAAUACUGUAUUGAGUCUGUGUUGAUGAUGGCUGUUGGAUCAUUCAAACCUGCAGGAUUUCAAAAAUCACUGUGCCACAAUCCACAAAUUUGGCUUUUUUCUAAACAAAAGUUGAAUGUCAAAACAUAGUCUAAACAUUGCUGAGAUGACCAGUGUUGCUGUUAAAGGCAAGCCAUUUUAAAUUGUCAAAUGGAUAUUUUGUCAUUCAUAAUUUCAGUUUUGGCGAAGAUGUGCUGGAGGAAUUUUACAGAAAUGUAUCAGUUUUACAGUAUAGUGUACAAUUUGAUUUGCUAUACUGGAAAAUGAGACCCAUAAUAUUAUGGAAAUUGAAUUAUUUUAUUUAUUUAUUUUGUAAAUAGGCUUUAAACCUGGAAAUGUGUGGAAAUAUGAAAGUUUAUAAACAGGGCCUUAACAGAGGCCAGAGAUAUGCUAGCAGAGAAAACACUGGACAAGCACAGGGAGAUCACUGUCUGAAAAAAAUUUUUUGCAAAGAAAAUCCUAAAUAUCAAAUUGGGGGUGAAUUGAAUGUAUCUUUGAGAAGAACUGACCUUCUUCAGAAAGGCUUUGAUUGCAUUUUCUUCUCAUCUUACAUCCAUAUGAUGCACAUUAUUGUAGUGUUCACAAGCACAG